AUGGAUUCUAAAACUGUAGGUAUAUUAGGUGGUGGCCAAUUAGGUCGUAUGAUAGUGGAAGCUGCUCAUAGAUUAAAUAUUAAAACUAUUAUUUUAGAUGCUGCAAAUUCCCCUGCAAAGCAAAUUAAUGCCUUGGAUGAUCAUGUUGAUGGUUCUUUUAAAGAAUAUGAAUCAAUAUUAAAAUUAGCUGAGAAAUGUGAUGUUCUUACAAUAGAAAUUGAACAUAUUGACGUUCAAGCCCUUGAAAAAGUUCAAGAAAAGUUCCCCAAACUUGAAAUUUAUCCAUUACCUGAAACAAUUAGAUUAAUUCAAGAUAAGUACUUGCAAAAAUUACAUUUAAUUAAACAUGAUAUAGAAGUAACAGAAUCAAUCGAAGUUAAAAAUAAUACAGAAAAUGAUUUAGCUGAAAUUGGUGAAAAAUUUGGUUAUCCAUUUAUGUUAAAAUCAAGAACUUUAGCUUAUGAUGGUAGGGGUAAUUUUGUAGUUAAAGAUAAAUCAUAUUUAUCAAAAGCUUUGGAAUUUUUAAAAGAUCGUCCAUUAUAUGCUGAAAAGUGGUGUCCAUUUACUAAAGAAUUAGCUGUAAUGGUUGUUAGAUCUUUAGAUGGCAAAGUUUUUGCUUAUCCGACAGUUGAAACAAUUCAUGAAAAUAAUAUAUGUCACUUAGUGUAUGCACCAGCAAGAAUUCCAGAUUCUUUAGCUAAAAAAGCAUCAAUUUUAGCACAAAAUGCGGUUAAAUCAUUUCCAGGUUGUGGUAUAUUUGGAGUUGAAAUGUUUCAUUUAACAAAUAAUGAAUUAUUAAUUAAUGAAAUAGCACCAAGACCUCAUAAUUCUGGACAUUAUACAAUAGAUGCAUGUGUUACAUCACAAUUUGAAGCACAUAUAAGAGCUGUUACUGGUUUACCUAUGCCAAAUUGUUUUACUGAAUUUUCAACUUCAAUUACAAAUGCUAUAAUGUUGAAUGUUUUAGGUGAUAAAGUACCAAAUAAAGAAUUGGAAACUUGUAAAAGAGCAUUAGAAACUCCUCAUUCAUCAGUUUAUCUUUAUGGUAAAUCAUCGAGACCAGAAAGAAAAUUAGGUCAUAUAAAUAUAGUAUCAUCAUCAAUGCAAGAUGUUGAAAAUAGAUUAUCAUAUAUAUUAAAUGGUUCAGAAAUACCUGAAAUCAAAUCAAAUGUAAAACCAUUAGUUGGUAUAAUAAUGGGUUCAGAUUCUGAUUUACCAGUUAUGUCAGUUGGUGCAAGAAUUUUAAAACAAUUUGGAGUACCAUUUGAAGUUACAAUUGUAAGUGCUCAUAGAACUCCACAUAGAAUGUCAAACUAUGCAAUUGAAGCUGCAAAAAGAGGUCUAAAAUGUAUAAUAGCAGGUGCUGGAGGUGCUGCUCAUUUACCAGGUAUGGUGGCUGCAAUGACACCUCUACCAGUUAUAGGUGUCCCAGUUAAAGGUUCAACAUUAGAUGGUGUUGAUUCAUUACAUUCAAUUGUACAAAUGCCAAGGGGUAUACCUGUUGCAACUGUUGCUAUAAAUAAUAGUACUAAUGCUGCAUUAUUGGCAAUUCGAAUUUUAGGAGCUUAUGAUUCAAAAUGGUUAGAUGAAAUGAAUCAAUAUUUGUUAAAUAUGGAAACUGAAGUUUUACAAAAGGCUGAAAUAUUAGAAAAUAUUGGUUAUGAAGAUUAUUUAACUGAUAAAUUGAAAAAAUAA